UAUACUACUACCAAGAUGGAGGUUACCUCUUUUCAUAGGAAGGAUUAUGUUUUAGGCAACGGAACCAUCGAUUUCCCGGAGUUCCUUACAAUGAUGGCACGGAAAAUGAAAGAUACAGAUAGUGAAGAAGAGAUCAGAGAAGCCUUUAGAGUUUUUGACAAAGACGGAAAUGGUUUUAUAUCAGCUGCGGAACUAAGACAUGUUAUGACAAAUCUGGGAGAAAAACUUACUGAUGAAGAAGUAGAUGAGAUGAUUCGGGAAGCAGAUAUUGAUGGAGAUGGUCAAGUUAAUUAUGAAGAAUUCGUUACGAUGAUGACAUCAAAGUGAAUACAACCUACAAGCUGUUUAUUCUCGCGUCUUAGAGUGAUGUUGAUUUACUAAGCAACAAAAAAAUUGACUGUAAGACAAGUGAAAACUCGUAUCAGAUUGUAAAGAAAUGCCGUACGCGAGAUAACAGUGCACCGUACGUCUUGUAUUAAUCAGCGUUAAAGAUAAGUAACCAAUGUGGUUAAUUAUUAAAAAGAAAAGAUUUGCCAUCGACAAUUUCUUCAACAUGUGUAUUUAUCUCUGCGUGCGCGUGUACACACAGUCAAACACACAUACAUACACACACAUAUAUAUUGCGCGCGAAAAAACUCGUUAGGAUAAAAUAUCUUACUUUCGCAACUAAAUAUGUGCACGUACGUGGUUAGCGCGAGAAUAAUGAAUUUCAGGUUUACACUUCUUUUUUUUUUUAGUGUAUAUCUGGUUAAAAUUCGAAAAUUACAGGUUCUCUACGCAGAAAAUACUAAGUCUAGCAACGCCUAUUAUAGAGAACGUUUGUCCACCUUUUUCAUGGCAAUUCCAUGUCAGGAAUCGAUUAGAGAGACUAACCAAAGAAAUUUAAUGCUUCAUUCAAUCUUGUUCACUACUGUCAUUAGUUUCUAUAUUAAACAUAAUUUCUUAAGUAAUGCUGUAUAAUUUCACAAUAAUUAUUCUCUCUUUGAAGUUUCGCUCCAAUGCAGACACUUUUCAUUCGUGGCUUCACAGUUUAGGAUUCUCAACUUAUAACUGUAAUAUUGUUUGAUGUAUCUUAUCUCUGAGUAUGAAUGUUUUGGUACGAUUGUCUACUUGAUGAUUUUUCCUAAACUUAUAUUAGUGAAAUAUGUAGUGUUUCUUAAUUUAAUUUGUAUAAGUACUGUGCAACAAAGUGUAUAAAAAUCUUUUUCUGGGAUAUUAUAAAACUUUAAAAGGUA